AUGUCUUCCCAAUCGAGCUACCAACCAAUUUUGGAUAAGGUCCACACAACUCAACCGGAAUUGAAAGAUUAUGUCUAUCUCCCAGCUCCACUGGAGCCGGAGCUAGUACCGGAGAAACGUUGCUUCUUCUGCCAACCAAUCUGCAGCGUCUUCUCCGUCUGUGCCUACUUUGCUCAGAUCUGCUGCACCAUCUGCGAUUGCAAAGAGGUCGACGAGGAUCUCGACGAUUUUGAUUUCUAA